AUGCACAAGUCCUGAGCCAAAGUCUAACGAGAAAGAACUUGUUUGGAAGGAUGGUGUCAUUCCUUUUCCAGACCGAAAAGCACGGGGGGAGGGUCUUAUAGCUGGAGAGGGGAAGAGAGAAAGAGAAGUUACCAUUACAGUCAACUCUUACUCUGCCUGGACCAAGAGAAAAAGCAGAACAAAAGGAAGAGGGGGAAGGAAAAGGGAGAUUCACAUUGAGGCUGCAGUAACAGGAUAAACACACAAAAUGGACGAGUCCAACAGCAGCAAGCCGGUCAUGGUGACAUCCUCUCUGAACUUCAAAGUCACCACGCCGUCCUUCUACAACCAGCCAAAGAAGUUUGCCUCUGUGGCACCACCACGGCCCAAAAGUCUGACACCACCCUCCGCUCCAUCACCGACACCAAUAGGCACAGCUGUGAUUGGUCGAGUGGGAGAUCUGCCUCCGCCACCGCCUUCGCUCUGUGAUGACUUCCCACCCCCUCCUCCUCCUCCACUGGAUGAUGAUUUGCCAGCCCCUCCCCCGGAAUGCCAAACCACACCCAAUGCCUCUGACGCCCCCCCUCCCGCCUUCCCCGCCCCACCUCCAGUAGCAGAGGACCUGCCCCUCCCAGCUCCUCCUGAGGAGAGUGCCUGUCCACCUACCUCCCCUUCUCCUCCUCCUCCCCCACCCCCUCCGCCACUCCCCACCUCCGGUACCAGUAUUCCCAGUGCUGCUGGGAACCCACAGAGGCUGAUGGAAAAGCAGACCAGCUUCGAUAAACAGCUCGACUCUCUGACUGACUUGCUGUCUGAGAUGGAGACCAGGGGACCUUUCAACCCCAAGUUACCCAGCCAGUAUACUGCAGCACCAGCACCCAAGCCUUCAGCUCCUCCCCCGACUGCUCCCAAACCGACACUCUCCUUCCUCCCACCCCCUGAGAUGGGAGACCGCCCGCCUCCAGCACCCUGGGCAGAAGAACUCAAAGCCAGAACGAACCGACAAGCCAAUCACAACAACACUGCACCAAACACUGCUGCUCAGCCGUUUGCUAAGGCUCCAGCUGUGGCUCCCAAAUCUGGUUUUGGAGGGAGAACGGCAACAUCAUCAACCGCCCUUGCACAGAAACUGAACCAGAACCUGAACCAGAACACCGCCCCAAUCAGUGUUGCACCAAAACCUUCACCUUCCUCUGCCACCAGCUCUUUCCCUCCACCUCCAGCAGCUCCCCCCGCACCUCCUGCUCAGCCAAACAAUAUGGCAGCUGCCCCGGCUUCCAAUCACAUAAGGAGUUCUCCUUUUACCAGUCAGGUGAAUGCAAACCAAAACCCUCCUGCUGCUGUGCCGCCUCCUCAAUCCAAGACGAUGGUGUCUCCCCCCUCCUCUUUUAGCCAACCAAUGAAAACACCCCCUGCAUCAACGCAGCCGCCACCACCUGGCCCAGUUGCUAUCCCUGGUGGAGGUGUUCCUCUGAAUAUGAGGGAAGUGGAGGAGCUGGAGAGAAUGACCAAGGACUUCAUUAAAGACAUGGACACACACGCACCUGUCAUCACUUCCCCUCCUACAGAGGUUUGUGGCAAGUGUGGCGAGGCUCUCUCCCGUACCCAGCCGGCUGUGAGAGCCAUGGAUAAACUCUUCCACUCCAACUGCUUCUGUUGCAUGAGCUGCCACCGCCCCCUGCAGGGCAUGCAGUUCUAUGACAGGGACGGCUCACCUCAGUGUGAGGACUGCUAUGUGAAUUCCCUGGCGGUGUGUUCCCGAUGUGGAGAGAAGAUUACAGACCGUGUGCUGAAGGCGGUGGGCCAGUGUUUCCACGCCCACUGUUUCCGCUGCAGCACCUGCUCCUGUGUACUUGAGGGGGCGCCUUUCAUCACUGAUGACAACAACAACCCCUACUGUGUCCAGGAUUACCACAGGCGUUUCUCCCCUCUGUGUGUGAGCUGUAAUGAACCCAUCAUUCCAGCCGCAGGAAGCGAGGAGACAGUCCGAGUGGUCGCUCUGGACAAGAACUUCCACCUUAAGUGUUACCGUUGUGAGGAUUGCGCUCGCCCUCUUUCCAUAGAAGCGGAUGAAAACGGCUGCUAUCCAUUGGAUGGUAGGAUCCUGUGUAUGAAGUGCCACACCCAGCGAGCCAAGCAAGCUGCGCAGUGAUUGGCUGAAGCAGCAUCACUGAGAUUAACUAUGAACCAAAUCCAAGAGCACAGGAUUCAUUCAGCUGCCGGUUUUGCCUUUGCGACAGGGCUUUACUCAGUAUAUGUGCGCAGGUGUGAGUGUGAAUGAGCUGUGUGAAAAAGUAUGUCUGCAUGCAGAUACAGUGUAGUAUUCUCUUUGUCUCUGUUAACACCACUUCAGUGCAGAAGUAAUGUACUGCAUUGAAAUAAACGCCCCUCAUCUUCCAUUCCUGAUCAUUCUCCAAUCUCUCAUGUAGCCUUCUUUGUGUACUAGAGGGUAUUUUUGUGCCAAUUGUAUGUUUACGCUAAAAAAACUCCAGCAUAACUUGCACAAGAACAGUUUGGUCAAAAGAUGAAUAAAAAGUUGCCUUUCUUUAUCUCUCCUAAAUAUUGUAGGUAGCAUCAUGUAGUGAAAUAUUUACAUCUUAAGACUUUAAGGCUGGUCUCUUUCCCUUUGCAGCAAUGUUACUAAUAUCAAUGUGACUGUGACAGAUUGUUGGCAUAGGGAGAGGAGUAUCAGGGACCAUUCUGCAGCUUCCAUCACUCUGAUUGGCUGUCGGUAGAGCAUAUCUUUAACACUUUGGCAGUUUUUGUGCCUGCAAGCAUGGUUAAUGACACAUUCCUGUCUACAAAGUGCUUCAUAUUAGCCGAUCUACUUUGAUAGCAUUUUAAAGUCAUCGAGGGCUAAACGUUGACUGCAAAAAAAAGAUUAAAAGAAAGAUUAAAAUGGUGAAUGUUGCUCGUAGUUUUUUUGUGAUGUAAACUUGAUCAUUUACAGGCAUGCUUUGAAUUAUCUCUCGUUGCUCGCUCUAAUUUGCGAUAUGAGAACAAAAAUCAGCCAUUUUAUUUUUCGAAAAUAGUUUGGAGCUGAUUAAACAGCGUAUUUUUAGAUGCAUGCUUUUUGGAUGCACAUAUUUCGAACAAACAAACAAGCACAGAUUUGCCAAGCACAGAUUCCAUUCCAGGGAUCCCAUAAUUUCAAAAAACAGUGUAGUUACAAAUGCCAGCUGCAUGGCUGAAAACAGGACCUCUUAUGUGAUAGUUGCACAUUUCCAUAGUGAAAUAAAAAAAACCUUUUAGUGUCAUUUUGACUCUAAAGCCCCCACACGAUCAAUGUAAUUAUUUUUUUUAAGUAGGAGCCAUCUAGAAACACAAUAGUAGCUUUUCAUAUGCAUUUUCUUGGAAUCACUUGCUUUAAAUAAUUUAAUAUAUGGACCUUUUUUUUUCCAUUAAGUGUUAAGGUUAUAUACGUACCAUUACUUAAAUAACCUGUCCUUACAGCAGGAUAAUAGAACAGUAGAGGCAUUAGCUUUAAGCUUUAGGAAACUGAUGUUACCAGAUAUGUCAAAGCAGCAAGAUAAAGGUUAAUUAAUAAAACAGUUAUGGGAUUCAAUGUUUGGACAUUCAUGUGUUUUAUCAUCUUUUUGUGUUUGAGCCCAGUUUUUGGUCUUCAUCAGUGUUGUCACAGUAAAUACCACUAUUCUUUCCAUUAUUCCUCUUUUGUACUGUUCCUGUUGGUUAUAUACUAUUUUAUACUUAACUUACUGUACUGUAUUUCAUUGAUAAAUCCUUACAAUUAUUUGGUUUCCUUUUUUUUUUUACCUGGAGAUGUGCCUUCUCCACUAUUGUAUUCUAUUGUUCCUUUUGAAUUGAGCCUGAUCUGCAGCCAGAAAAGUUCAUUCCAAAAUCAGAAAACAGUUGUUACUUGUUCUUGCAUUGAGCCUGGUGCAGUACAGUACCAGAGUGACUAACAUGGCAAUAGUUACUCAGCAUUGCAUGCUAGCUGUGUGGGUGGUGGUGGCAUUAAUUCUAGUAUUAUGUCUUCUGUUUGCACCAACUAUGCCACCUGUGUGGCCCCCGCCUGUCAUCACUGUGAUAUUAUACAUGUGAUGAUGCCUUCAGUUGCAUUUAUCUGGCGUUUUGUUGUGUUGUGUCCUGUUGUAUUACAUGCUGAUGCCUUGUCUUUUCAUAUAACUUUUUUAUAAAUUCCUGUUUGAAAUGUGUGAAUGUGUAUAUGUUUAAGAACAUUAUUUAGCCCCACCCCUUCCCCUUUGGCUGUAUCAAAUGAUAAACAAAUAAAUAAAAUGCUAAAUACCAAA